AUGAAGGCCAAAAUUGCUGUCAACCUCACAACCAGCAACAUCAGCCAGAUUGUCCACCUUAUCCCCGAAUUGAGGCGAACCGCCGAACGAAUGGCCAUCAAAGCUCAGCUGGGCACGGAAGACACGCAACAAGCUAUUCGAGACUUAUAUGGUCUCGUGGUCAAGAAUCUGCCGUUCACUACUGUAGCAUCUGACCGGGAUGUCGUGCGAACCGGUCCUGAGUUCUGCUUCGCCUACAUCGAAUGGUUUGUCAAGGAAGAACACUGGGGCAAACAUUGCUUUUCCCAUCUAAAAUCGCUUCCUGUGGUGUGCCGGCCAUUGGUGCUUCGGCGCACACUCGUUCGUUCAGCACACUAUCCUCGGUGCUUGCAGCCAAACAUGAGGAUCCUGCCAUUCGACUCCGCUCCUGAACGCGAGACGCCGACCUGGUUCGACACAUCAAAGUGGGCGAGCUGA